AGUGGCUGAGGGCGGUAGCGGCGGGGGGAGGUGGAUCGCGCGUGCCGCACGCCUCGAGCCUGCCAGACGCGGCUUCAGCUAAUGACCGCCACGCACAUCACAUCAUCGCCGGAGAGAAUGUAAACUUCGAAAGCCUUGUCAGGAGCCUUCCCUAAGGUCGACUCAGCCUUAAAUCUUCUCAGCGAGGAGUGGCGAGGAGCGAGGGACCAUGGAGAUAGCUUCCAACCACACAGGCCUGCCUCUGGGCGUGCCGGAGCGAGCGAGCGCCCAGAGGCGCCGCAAGGAGGUGUACCGCCAGGAGCUGCUCCAGCAAAUGGGACAGCAGGCGAGCAACCGGAGGAAAGAGAAGGAGCUCGACCUGAAGGUGGCCGCGUCUGGAGCAGUUGACCCUGAGAAAGAGCCCGGGCGUCUUCGGGAGUUCUCCGCCGUGGUUCGCGAGCCACCCCGGAGCCGCGUGCGCCCGGGGGGCCGCGUGGUCGCUGAGUCGGGCCCUCCGCUCGGCCGGGCCACCCCUCGCGCCUGGCACCACGACGGGGGACGUGGGAGGGGGAGCAGGAGGGGGAGCAGGGGAUGA